GCCGGGAGGCCAACAGCAGCCAUGUUCGUCCUGUGGAGCCUGCUGAGCGCGGCCGGCUGCUGCGCGCUGGGGGACGCGGCCCCCGCGGGGGACGUGCGUGCCUCCGCCAGUUCCUACGCCCUGCUGCCGCCCUCCUGCGACAGCCAAAUCUACUGCCAAGGCGACCUUCUGCGCGUGGUCCAGAACGCUCAUCUCUACACCGACUCCAAGACGUUUAUCGACAAGAAACUCCUGCAGUCGCCCGCCGACACGCUGCUAGAUUUCGAUGCCUUCAUGCAGACCUACAAGAAACGCCCACAACGCCAAUCCAGAGCUUCGUGACGCGCACUUCGCUACGGAGACGAGCUGGUGGCCGCGACUGGAGAAUGGGUGAGCAGCCCGCUCUGCUGGCCGCAUCGCCGACCCGCAGCUGCGCGGACUGGGCCUCGAGUCAACGUCAAUCUGAAGAGCUCAGCGCAAGGUCAACGAAACCCAUCAAGGACCACCGCGACCGCUACUCCACUCAUCUACGUGCCCAACCACUUCGUGGUGCCGGCGGCGCUUCCGGAGCUCUACUACUGGACACGUACUGUGGUGCGCGGCCUCAUCUACGACAUGACCUCCACCAUCAAGGGCAUCUGUGAGAACUUUCUCUACCUCUCGACAACUACGGACAUCCAACGGCGCGCGGUCUACUACCUGCAAACGCACGCAGCCCCCGCUGCGUCAGGCGCCCAUGGUCUACGUACUACGCAGGCCACAAGGACGCGGCUUCCGUGCGCGACCACUGCCUUGCUGGAGCGCGAGCUGUGAUUUCUGGUUGAAAACACGCACGCUGCAAUGAACAAGGACGGAAAAUAACCCUCGCCACUACACGCCCCGUCCAAGGGCCCCGCCGGAGAUCUACUGGGAGACUACACAACGGCGGAGAUCUUCGGCCGACGAGACCGGAAGGAAGAGUUCUAUCGUUCACCUCAAAUCGGCCGCCGAGUCCGGGUGGGAUUUCUCCAGCGCUGGUUCAUCACUGACGGACACCGAACGAAGGCAUCUGACGGCCUCCACACCAAGUACAUGUCGGUGGACAUCAACGCCUUCGUGUACUAUCAGCUGACCUCCUGUCCCAGCUGCACGCGAGUUGGGUUAUGUUGAAAAGCCGCUUUACAAGCAGAUUGCGACGCAGCUCCAAGAAGCGAUUUACGCGCGGGCUGUGGAACGACGAAUUAGGCUCUGGUUUCACUACGAUCUUCUCAACAAUCAAGCAGCGCACGUAUCUAGUCCUUCAACAUGGCUCCUCUGUGGACCAAGGCUACGACCCUGGCCAAACACGGUGCAGAUCGGCGCAGAAGCAGCGCCAUACCUCAAAGGCCUCGACCUGCUGGCGUUCCCGGCGGCAUCCGACACGCUGAAGGAACAGCGGGAGCAGUGGGACCGCCCAAACGCGUGCCUCCCUCCAGCACACGUCAAUCCGCGGCCGCCAGGACACGCAGGGAGCCCACGCGCCAGGAGCUGCCUUUGAGCUGGCGCAGCACUGAGAUCGCCUCCAACCUCAAGGCCUUCCGAGAUCGGACGAGAUUUCGAGAACGUUGA